GCUGGUCGCUGUCAUCAUGCAGGUGGAAUCUGCGCAAUGUAGCUCAGCGUAGGGAUCUCCGGCAAGACUCACCGCCGGCCUGCAGCGCUCAUACCCCGGACACUGGACUCCUGGGAUCAGGCUCUCUCUGCCGCUUUGGAGGAACCAACAACACACGGGAGAUAAAACAGAAAAUUAGAUAUUUGUUUUUCUGCUUUCACUUGAUGAUCAUCAGUUUGUCUCUAAGGGCUGGAUCAGUUUGACAGCAGAUGGCAAUGCAGCUAAAUGAAGAGUAUCUGUGAGCAUUAUUGUGCACGUUGAUGUUGUGUUGAUGCUGUCAGGUUGUUGCUCUCUCCUGGCGCAGUCACUCUCAGCUGGAGGCGCAUAGGAUGCCAUACAAUCCUAUAGGAAGUGACUCUCACAGCUUGACAGGCAACAAUUUCCAAGACACGAAAAGGACGUAAUCUCGCGGAUCUUUUCGGUUUAAACACACCAACACGAUGGACGAAGGCACUGCCAGCGAGACCAUCCCAGAUCUGAAAGACAUAGAGGUGAAAAUUGGCCGGAAGACCCCCGAGGGUUUGCUCAGGUGGAUGCGGGAAGAGGCGUCCUCUCUCCGGGGAGACGCCAAGCUGGCUACGGCGCACGACACCAGCAAGGAGACGGGGAAGAAGAGUUUGGAUGAAAAGAUCAGGAAAUUGAAGAUGGAGAUGGCUCACUUGCGCUCGGUGGAUGUAAAGAUCUUGCAGCAGCUGUUGGCGGUCCAUGAAGGCAUCGAGGCAGUGAAAUGGCUGCUGGAGGAGCGCAGCACGCUGACAAGCCGCUGCAGCAGCCUAACCAGCAGCCAGUACAGCCUGGGCGAGGGCCCCGACACCUCCUGGAGAGGCUCCUGGAGCAGCCUGCAGGACCCCAACGACAAGCUGGACAACAUCUCCAUCGGCAGCUACUUGGACACCCUGGCGGAUGACAUGGAUGAGUAUUGCCCCUCAAGCUCGGAGUCGGUUAUUUGCUCCACCACACCGCUGGUGUCAGAGGCUACUGCUGGGGGCCGGACAGGGGGAGGCCCUGGGGCCACGGUAACAGCAGCUGGGGUAGGUGUGAGGUCUGGUACUGGGACUGGAAGUGGGAAUCGGGCUGGGCCAAAUGAAAAUGGCAAUGGGGUUGGAAAUGGGAUGGAGGUGAAAAGUGGACCAGGGACUGGGGUUACCAGUGCUAUGACUGGGACUGGGAAACCAGCUGCUCCUGUCAGCUUUCCGCAAGCCCAGUCUGAAAGCCCUAAACAAGAUGCUCCGGUCUGGACCAAGGUUGCAGAGACAGGUAAAGGAAGCCCAGUUUCUAAGGACAAUACCGUCAAGGCUAAUGGUAUCCUGGAGAAACCAGUCACACAAACAGGCAGCCCAACCCGCUCCAGCCUCAACGAGAAACUGGGAACCAGCCAGAGCCCCAAACUCAAACCUUACAAAAACGGAAAGAUUGAGUUGGAUACCUGCAAAAUGAACGGCAAAAUGCAUCUGGAGUAUGACGCGCACUGGCGGUGGGUGCAGUCGCAAGAAGAUGUGACGUUUUUGUAAGAAGGAUAAUAACAGAGAGGACUAAAGCCACUAUUGAACACUCCCUCUGUGACAUCAAAGACCAGAUCACUGACAGAUCGAAGAAGAGGAGUGAACUGCUGUUGUGAAAUGCAUAUAGCGAGGCUUUCCUUGUCGAAAGACACUGGGUUUGAAAGACAAAGAAUUAUUGUCCUGUUGUUCCCUCCUGUGACUGCACUAACUUUCUAUUAAACAUUGAUGUCAGUAUUACGGUGGAAACACAUUUCAGGAUUUGACCACAUUUAGCCAAACUGGGCUGCCUCACACAAACUUAGGAAAACCAGUUUUGAAAUCCUGUGUCAUGGUUUUUCUCAGGGUCUUUGCAUUCCCUGAUUUCUUUUCUUUUCUUUUUUUUGUUUUGUUUCCUAAAGCACAGUGAAACAAUCUGCCGGAGAGCUGAGACACAAUUUCAGACUGCUUGAUAUCAACCAAUGUAAAUGAGAAGAUUUGAGUUUAAACUUGAUCUAUAAUUAAAAUAUAAUUUGAUAUGUUCUGUGGUGGAACAACUCCACUGCUAGCAGCAGUGAUAGAGUCGAUUGUGCUGCAUUGGAGUUAGUGGAAGACCAAAGUUUUCCCCUUCUACUGAGUCACAAAUUAAAUUUAUGGUACAAACCCUUUGUCUCUGAUGGUAUAAAACCAAGCACUUGAUGGUUAUAGACAGUAUUACUUGAUAAAGUAUUAACAAAACAUACGUAUUAAACACCUUUUGAUAAAAUCUGUGAGCGUGUUUCUCCCCAAACUUGUAGCUGCUUGAACAAAAAGUAGAAGAUAUUAAAGUAUCAGCACUGAGGUUAGUAAAAGUUUCCCUCACUGAGAAAUACUGUAUCCAUUUGUGUCUUUGUAGAGCUAAAUACCUUCAGUGCUUAAUUCACCAUCUGCAAUAUUGUAUAUUCACUGAAUCGCAAUACAGCUACUCUGUGCAUCAGGUACUAGUCGUGACUGGUUGUAGACAAAUACUGAAUAUGGCUGAAUAUUUUUUUUUAUUUUAACCGUUAUGGUAACCUGUGUAGGUUUUUUCUAAGCAGAUGUUGUGCCUGAUUGGUGUAAACCUUAACUACAUAUGCCUGUACUUUCCCCUCCUGAGAUGACUGCACUGCUGUUAUGAUAAUCUGAGUUUUUCAACUCAUUCUAUGUUUAUUAUUUUUGCCUCCUCCUGGCCUCUUGCUUGCGUGUACAAAUGGCUAGACCAACAGUCUGUGUGCGCUCGCCAUGUGAGUGUUGACUGGCAAAUGUGUUAACGUUGGCUGGGUGGAUAUUGCAUGCCCUGUGCUGAGAGCUUUAUUGGUGAAAUAUUAGAAAUGCGUGGAGGACCUAAAAUAAUCAGAGACGAAAAGCAAUAUUUCUUGAAGAUUUUCUAGUGGCUUACAUAAGCAGCCUCUUCUCAGCAAGUCUAAUAUUAUUGUCUGUUCUUCAGGAGUUUCCAAAACUACUGACAGGGAGAGGAUGUGUGUGUGUUUAUGUGUGUGUGUGAGACAGAUGCUGACUGCCUGCCUGAGCACAGCUGGCCUGUCAGGUCCGGAUAAGAAUAGACGAGUCCCAAAGGAUUUCAAGCGUUUUCAGCUCAUUCAUCACGGCGUCACUACAUCUCCUACCAGUCUGCAGUUUGUCAUGUUAAUGCUGCAGGGGCAGUGCGACACGUUUGAUAGACGGAGGAGAACAUAUUACAUAAUCAGUACAUAACUUUUUAAUGCUACAGUAGCCUACACCUUGACAAAAAAAAAAUUGUAGAAGGUCUGACUUACCCUCUUUCCUACCUUAGAUACCAUCUCAAAUCGUUCCUUUUAGUGCUGGGAAUUGUUUGAAACUCUUCAAUUCUAAUGCUGAUUAUAUACCAUAGUCAGUACCAAGGAAGGAGUAUAGACCGUUUCAAGACGUCUUUCAGUUGCUGGGAAACAACACAUUCUCACUAUGACCUCAUCACAUAAUGACAUUUGGUUAAGGACCUUCCAAUCCCUGAUACGAUGUGAAACAUAUCCUAGGUGCAUUGGUUGUUGACGUUCUGUCCCAACAACUCACACAUGGUUGGGUUUGGGCAACAAAAGCACGUGGUUAGAUUUAGGAAAAAAAGAACUGGGUCUGGCUUCAUAAUCUUGCGGGACGCGAACACCACUCUCUUGGGUGAAAGUUGGUGUUUGUUGGACCAAUCCACCACCCGCCUGCCCUACUUGGACCUUCAUUGUCUUAACGUUCAUUCUUGUCCUGCCGCAUCCCCCCCCCCGACGCCAACGUUAAAGAACAGCUUAUUUUGUCAGUGUCUGACGCUGCAAGUCACUGCCUGAGCGCUGGAUUUCUACGAAUUCAGAGUGAGACUAGGUUGUAGGAAACUACAUCGUCCAUGUCUUCCCUAAAGAAACAAACCAGCACACAGUGUAGGUUGCAGCGGUCAGACGAAAGAAGUGGACACCAUCGAGAAAAUCCAGGAUCUGUAGCACUGAUUUCAUUAUCAGUAAGUUUCGCAAUGCUGUGGAGUAUGAAAAUGACAAGACACAGAAAUGUUUAUUUCAUUUAAUUCAUAGCUGUUGUUAGCUUGAAUAAGCUAAUGCUCAUUUGUCAACAGUCUACAGAGGGAAAGAUGAGCAUUUGUAUUUGUGUUUGCUGAGUUUCUGUCUUGUUGUUUUUAUUUUACAAAAUAUUGCGAAACUUACUGGUCAUGAAAUGAGCGGUACAGACUCUGGAGUUUCCCAGUGGGGUCAAGAUCGUCAUCUGACGCUUUGCGCUGGUUUAUUUCUUUAGAGAAGCAAUGGACUUUUAUUUGUGACAUUAAGAUGGUACCUUGUCGAGCUGAAAAUAACCAGUCAUUAAGCAGCAAGGUCCUAAAACUAAUCACGCCAUUUCCCACGGUGUGUAUUUCAGUUGCAGAAGACUAUGGUUCAGCGUUUCACAUGCUGUUUUCAUGCUGUAGUGGCUGGACUGAAAGCCUAAGUGGAACCGCAAUGUCGUUUCCUAGCAACCAAAAGACGCCUUGAAUCGGUCUAUUCGGUUUGAUACACAGCCCUAGUCCAUCCUGUUCUGGGCCUACUAUUUUAUACAUUUUAUGUAUUUAAAGAAAGAUAUGUAAAACAUUUUUUGAACCAACCCAAUAGACCGUCCGCUAAGCUCCGUUCCCUUUAGUUUAUGUCCCUAUGUAUGCCCGUCAAGCUUUUUCUUCUAGCAUUUAUGCAGUUAAUAACGUUCAUGUUGCAGAUUCACAACAAUAAAUUGUAAGUCAGUUUUGAGACAAAUGGGUCUUUGAUUUCAGACAGAGGUACACAGGACGCUUCUCAUUUUUAGCCAACAGCUGCUAAUUUUGCUGUCUGAAAUGACAUCUGUCUCUGUCAGAUGACAUGCUAAUGAUUGAGUUUACCUUAAAGUGGGAAUGGAUGAAGCACACUCUUUAAUCCACCCCUUACACUAUUAGACGUCAACAUCUGAAGAAAUCUGAAACUUGACAGGCCUGUUGUGCCUAGUGUAUAGAAGGGUUUGGCGAACGGUCAAUUGUCGCUUGAAUCUGGCUCUUUCCCUCCAUGUUAAGAGUCAACUGCUUGCAUUAAUAUAUAACACACAACUCGUUGUUAUACUGUGUCGACUUGGAGUCAACUACAGCCAGUCCAUCUUUGAUCUUCUGCCAGGUCUUAGUGCAAAGAAAUAUUUAAAGGCAGCUACAGUAAGAUGUUAUACUCCGCAUCUCCAUUUGUUUGAGCCACUGAAGUGUUUCCUUCCUCCUCCUCCUGCCUUUCUUUUCACCCUACUUUCCACCACCACCACCACCACACUGGUUCGAUGGAAAUGCUCCGUCUGUGCCAACACACACAUCAUGCACACACAAUGCCCUCUCGCUUUGAGACAGCACCAUAAAGCCGGCACCACAGAAACAGCAACUGUAGGCUGGUCCUGGAGACAGGGAAGGAAAACUGUGCUCAAACUGGACCUUGAACUCUUGGACGAGUUGGAACAUUUUAAAAAAUCCUUUUCUUUCCCUCUAAAUCUCUCUGAAAACAAAAAGAAGAGCCCCUAUCCAUCGCUGGAUAAGUAUUUCAACCAUGGUAUAUCAUCCAGCCACAGACAUGAAGUCAUUUGAAACCUCCUUCCCUUUUUAACAUAUGUGUUGGCUGUAAAGCAACGUUGCAUGCCAGAGAGACUGUCUGCUCCGCUAGUUUGUGGUUUUCUUUCCAAAUUUGCCAAGCCAUAUGGAAAAAAACAACAACUACAUUUUAGUGCUGGGAACAAACCUGUAAAACACAUUACAUUAAGCUGUAGUGUGUGUCUCUGAAGGUACACUGUAGCACAAGAUGUUGUUUCAGUGGAUCCAGUUUAAAAUUAGAAAAUGUUUAAAACUGCUCAUUGGCAGAGAUUUAAUGAGUGAUGACAGUCUAGAUGCCAGGACAAAUCGCUUGUGCCCUGAUUGUUUUUGAAAGAAGGAUAAUAACUGCUUUGUGCAUGGACGAGAAUGGAAGUGUUACUAACUGGCAAGCUGGUGGAAAAUACCUUUCAGUCAAAGCUUUCCAGCAUUUUUUUAGAGGUUAUGGAGGUAAACACAGCCUGGCAGGCUCGCUCCCUCAAAUCUUACCGGUCUAUUCUUUUAUGAUGUCCAGGAUUUAUCAGAUGCCCAGUGCGUGGUGUGUUUGCCUUGGCUUUAGGUGCCAGGCACCCUCCAGCUAUUCUGGGCAACAAGACAAACAGCGUGAUUACAUAGACGAGUGGACAUCCACACGGUUGCCAUGACAAUGAGAGCAAGCAGGCUUCAGCUCUAGCUGCCACAUAAAACAAUGUUCACUGCGGAGCUAGUGGCAAUAGGCAGUAUUGUUUGAAUGAGGGCAGAUGAGACGACUGGUGACGCAUUUAACAGUCAGAGUCUGAAUAAUAACCAUUACAAUGAUGUUUAACUCCUUCAUAGGAGAUUUCUGAUAAAUCCUGAUCACAUUUUCAGGUACCCUUUCCUAGUAAGGCAGUUUAUCCAUGUUUUAUUGAUCAAUUAUAAGCCUUCUUUUAAUGGCUUAUUAACAUUUACAACUGUGGACUAAAUGGAUUUAGAAGGUUAGACACCCAUGAGCAUUGAUUGAUGGAUUACCAAUAUUUGACUGCAUUAUUACCAAAUACAAAAAAGGACUAACGCCAUCCAAUGAGAUUUUUUAUAACCUCGGGAGCCAAAAUUUGUCCUAAUUAACGAUUGUAAGUGAUCUAUAAAGGACUGGUAAAUUAUUUAUUAACCAUUGACAUAGCCAUCACUUACUUAAACACUAUAACUGGUGCAUUCCAAAGUGUUACCCAUUUUCAUUGUAAUCUGCCAAGCUCCAGCAAAGAAAUGUAAUGCUAUUUAAUGUAUUAGCUACCAGAAAUCAGCCAUGCAGGCUGACUGAGGGAAUGUGAAUUAAUAUGGCUGCUGUAUUAGUAUUAGUAAGUAAAGUAUUUGUUCAUUAUUUUUGAAAACUUUUUGACAAGCUUUCUUCACAAUGAAAAUAUUUUAAUGCCAGUGAUGCUUUCCUGGUUAAAUGGAUAAUGAAAUAAAGUAAAAUAUUAGGUUUCUCAUUGCCAUGGACAGCUCAAACGUACAUCUUUCUUGUCCAGGUGCUGAGUGCAAACUGUAAUUGUGAUGUCAUCCUCUCAAGGACUCACAACACUGUCAACCGCUCCCUUUAAACUCUUCUAUUUUUACCACAUAACAACUCAACAAGGAGCCAAUUUGGGCUCUAAACAAAUGUUUUCUAUUGUAAAAAUAGAUUUUUUAAAGGAAGUAAUUAACAGAGUUGCUGAGAAAUCACAAGCCAUCCAAGGUAAAACUAAACUUACUUUUUUCAUUGUCAUUGCAGCACAACAAUCUGAUUCUGCACAGUAAUUCCCUGCACAUGUAGUCAUUGCUGAUGCCAGUCUUGCUUCCAUCGUCUCACACUCCCCACUGCUCUGUUCAGCAUUAGCACACAGCUCAUCCACUCUUUCUAUUAGCCACCUGAAAUGCUGUCAAGAGCCCUUUUCCUGCACAUUUUGGCCAUUUUUAAGAAGCUAAAAGACGGACUGGUUGUGCCUCCCUGGAGGCAGAAUAGAGGGAUAAACAGCAAACUGAGCAGCGUAGCACACAGCAUGCAGCUAAAAAGGAAGCUUCCACUCCCGGUGUCCUGCUGUUUUCUUCCUUCCUCUUAUAAGUACACAAACACACACAAGCACAAUGUAUCCCAGGACUGACGUGGAUCUCUUGGUACCUGACAGCUCAUUGAAGAGCACCAUUAAGCAUUUCCUUUCCUUGAAUCUUAUUUAUCCCUCUGUGUGUGUGUUUUUUGUUCACAUCCCAAAACAGCUCAAAGAAAUGGAAGUGAAUUGAAAUAAACCCCACUGAGUGCACACUGGGCUCUGAACUGGGUCCAAAACUUAACUUGGGCAACACAAAGCUUAGAGGACUGAAAAAUAAAAAGCCACAGAGACCGACUGCAGUUCACUGGAUCAGUCCAAUCGAUAUCUUGCUUGAGUGAGUGGAAUGGUUUUUAUUUCCACGGUACGAUGCAUUUUUAUUAUUUUGUUAUGCAAUGUGAGAAAAAAAUGUUUUUUUCUUUGUAAAGUGGAAAUGUUCAACUGAUUGUGGUCAUCAAUGUGGAGAAUUAUAUAAUGCAGUAUGUAAAUUAUAUGAGCUUAUCCAAUGAU